AUGGUGCGAAAACUCAAGCAUCACGAGCAGAAGCUUCUACGGAAGCACGACUUCAUCACCUACAAACAGGAUGGCGACCAUCGAGAUGCCGCAGUGGUGCGCCGAUACAUGAUUCAGAAGCCUGAGGAUUAUCACAAAUACAACCGACUCUGCGGUUCUGCCCGUCAGCUAGCGCAUAGACUGAGUCUCAUGCCCCCUGAAAGCGCGGCUCGUCGGAAGCACGAGAAGCUGCUCCUCGACAAGUUAUACGACAUGGGCAUUCUCUCCUCGGCAUCGAAGCUGUCAGCCGUCGAAAACAAUGUGACGGUGAGCGCGUUCGCAAGGAGGCGCCUCCCAGUCGUCAUGACUCGUCUCAGAAUGGCCGAGACCGUUCAGGCGGCGACGAAGCUCAUCGAGCAGGGCCACGUUCGCGUAGGCACGGAGACAUGCACCGACCCGGCAUUCUUGGUGACUCGCAGCAUGGAGGACUUUGUCACAUGGACCGUGGGCAGCAAGGUCAAGAGGAACAUCAUGAAAUACCGCGACAAGCUGGACGACUUCGAGCUGUUGUAA